AAGAAGGCAGUUUAUCAUCUCUACUGGUCCAGUCAUUCGAUGAGCCAUUUACUGACCAACCUAAUAGUCUGGUAUUAGAAAAUGCAAAUGAUGUAAAUGAAAAUAAAUUAUUCAAAAGAUUAGGAUGCAUAGGUGGAUCAAAAAAAUGA